GCCUGGGCAACAUAGUAAGAUCCCAUCCCUACAAAAAAAAAUAAGAAAUUAGCUGGACAUCAUGGCGCAUCGCUGUUGUCUCAGCUAUUUGGGAGGCUUAACUGGGAGAAUCUCUGGAGCCUGGGAGGUCAAAGCCACAGUGACAAUGAUCUUGCCACUGUACUUCAGCCUGGGCAAAAGAGUGAGAUCCUGUCUCAAAAAAAAAAAAAAAAAAAAAAAGACCUGUGUUUGGAGCAGGGAGACUAUCAUAGACUCUGCACAGGCCCAAGUGGAGAGAAGACCAGGAAUAGAGGUGGCUAAGGGAGGGCUUUCAGCUGCACAAGUCUGUGGGCUCUGACUGGCCUUUCUUUGCCUCAGUUUCCUCAUCUGCCUUCCACAUAGGUUAGGUCUGAGGAUCGAACAGUACAGCACAGACUAGGUAGUGAAACAUUCACUGUCUACCCUUGCAACGGCCUCAUCCUAUUUCUUCACCAGGGGCAGUCACUGGCCUCAGCUACCUGACCUGGUACCCUCUAUGAGGCCUGCAGUGCUGGGCUCCCCAGACCGAGCACCCCCAGAAGACGAAGGGCCUGUCAUGGUGAAGCUGGAGGACUCUGAGGAGGAGGGUGACGCUGCCCCAUGGGACCCAGGCCCUGAAGCUGCACGCCUGCGCUUCCGGUGCUUCCGCUAUGAGGAGGCCACAGGGCCCCAAGAGGCCCUGGCCCAGCUCCGAGAGCUGUGUCGCCAGUGGCUGCAGCCAGAGGUGCAUUCCAAGGAGCAGAUGCUGGAAUUGUUGGUGCUGGAGCAGUUCUUGGGUGCACUGCCCCCUGAGAUCCAGGCCCGUGUGCAGGGGCAGCAGCCAGGCAGCCCCGAGGAGGCUGCUGCCCUGGUAGAUGGGCUGUGCCAGGAGCCGGGCGGACCUCGAAGAUGGGUCACAGUCCAGGUGCAGGGCCAGGAGGUCCUAUCAGAGAAGAUGGAGCCCUCCAGUUUCCAGUCGCUACCUCAAACACAGCCUCAAACUCCAGAGUCUGAGCCUGAAACACCUCCUGGGACUAUGCAGGGAUCAUCACUGAGCCUGCAGGUGAAAGAGGAGCCAGAGGUUACAGAGGACUCAGAUUUCCUGGAGUCUGGGCCGCUAGCUGCCACCCAGGAGUCUGUACCCACCCUCCUGCCUGAUGAGGCCCAGGGAUGUGGGACGGUGCUGGACCAGGCCUUUCCCCACACCAAGACUGGGCCUGAGGGUCCCUCAUGGAGGGAGCACCCCAGGGCCCUGUGGCAUGAGGAAGCUGGGGGCAUCUUCUCCCCAGGGUUUGCGCUGCAGCUGGACAGCAUCUCCUCAGGUCCAGGUAGUGUAAGCCCCCACCUCCACAUCCCCUGGGACCUCGGCAUGGCUGGCCUUUCUGGCCAGAUCCAAUCACCCUCCUGCGAAGGUGGCUUUGCGCAUGCGCUUGUGCUCCCCAGCGAUCUGAGAGGUGAGCAGGACCCCACGGACGAGGAUCCCUGCCGGGGUGUGGGCCCAGCUCUGGUCACCACCCGCUGGCGCGCCCCCAGGGGCCGGAGCCGGGGCCGCCCCAGCACUGGGGGUGGAGCGGUUAGGGGCGGCCGUUGCGAUGUGUGUGGCAAGGUAUUUAGCCAACGCAGCAACCUGCUGAGGCACCAGAAGAUCCACACGGGUGAGCGACCAUUCGUGUGCAGUGAGUGCGGCCGCAGCUUCAGCCGCAGCUCACACCUGCUGCGCCACCAGCUUACGCACACCGAGGAGCGGCCGUUCGUGUGUGGCGACUGUGGCCAGGGCUUCGUGCGCAGCGCGCGCCUGGAAGAGCAUCGGCGAGUGCACACGGGCGAACAGCCUUUCCGUUGCGCUGAGUGCGGCCAGAGCUUCCGGCAGCGUUCCAACCUGCUGCAGCACCAGCGCAUCCACGGCGACCCCCCGGGCCCUGGCGCUACGCCCCCAGCCCCUCCUGGCGUGCCCGAGCCUCCCGGCCCCUUUCCGUGCAGCGAGUGCCGCGAGAGCUUUGCAAGGCGCGCCGUGCUGCUGGAGCACCAGGCCGUGCACACGGGCGACAAGUCCUUUGGCUGCGUUGAGUGCGGCGAGCGCUUCGGCCGCCGCUCAGUACUGCUGCAGCACCGGCGCGUGCACAGCGGCGAGCGGCCGUUCGCCUGUGCGGAGUGCGGCCAGAGCUUCCGGCAGCGCUCUAACCUCACGCAGCACCGGCGCAUCCACACCGGGGAGCGGCCCUUCGCCUGCGCCGAGUGCGGCAAGGCCUUCCGCCAGCGGCCCACGCUCACGCAGCACCUGCGCGUACACACGGGCGAGAAACCCUUUGCCUGCCCCGAGUGUGGCCAGCGCUUCAGCCAGCGCCUCAAGCUCACGCGUCAUCAAAGGACACACACCGGCGAGAAGCCCUACCACUGCGGCGAGUGCGGCCUGGGCUUCACGCAGGUCUCGCGGCUCACGGAGCACCAGCGCAUCCACACAGGUGAACGGCCCUUCGUCUGCCCUGAGUGCGGCCAGAGCUUUCGGCAGCACGCCAACCUCACCCAACAUCGGCGCAUCCACACAGGCGAACGGCCCUACACGUGCCCUGAGUGUGGCAAGGCCUUCCGCCAGCGGCCCACACUCACACAGCAUCUGCGCACCCACCGACGAGAGAAGCCCUUUGCUUGCCAGGAAUGUGGCCGCCGCUUCCACCAGAGCACCAAGCUUAUCCAGCACCAGCGUGUCCACAGCACCGAGUAGCUCCAGCCAGGAUGCACUGUGUCCGCAGUGGUCCUACUUCACCUGGAGGUUGCGAGGCUGGCGAUUACAUAAGUAUAAGCAGGUCCACCAAGCUUAUACUCAUAAGGGCUUGGCCCCUGUAGGUGUUCAAUAAACCGUAGAUGGAAA